UGAGGAUGAAAGUGAAAGAAGGAGGUCUGAGCAGCAGAAGCGGGUACAGUGGGCACAGUAGGAACAGCAGCAGCAGCGGGACUUCUCGCAGUGAGGAUGGUCUUCACCGGUCUCACUCAACCCGGUGAACAUGUUCUGAGUCUUCACAGAUUGGUCAGAUGGCUCUGGCUCCGGUCACACUCCGCGUCUGCGCCAUGAUGGUCUGCCUGCUCGGAGCCGCGCGUCGCUCCAAAGGCGACGAAGAUGGCUGUCGGUGUCCAGGAAUUCCUCAAAGGCCUCUAACGAAACCGCCGCCGGAGACCUGUUUUAAUGACACCUUUCGCUACACGUGUAUGGACGGCUACGUGAGGAAAGCGGGAACCUCAAACCUCAUCAAAUGCAGCCCAAUCAAUGGCACUCUGCAGUGGACCAAACCCUCCCUCAUCUGCAAACCCGACCCUCUGAAAACCACAACACAUCCACCUAUGAGCACAGCAACACCAUCGUUCCCCAGGCUACAGAUGACCCCGACGGGAAGCAUCUCACCCGGAGAGGCGACAGACACAAACAGCACAGAGCCAAUCUCACCCGGUGUGCAGGCAGAUCACACGCAGGCAGAGUUCACGAGGGGCCGCAAAGCAUCCGACCAGACAACAUCGACGUCUCCCUACCAGCUUGUCAAUAGGACGACGGUCAAUCCUAGUGCGUCCGGCCAAACUGACCACGGACUUGGCAAAACAACAACAGGGCUGAUUGUGUGCGCUUCGUUGGUGAUCGCCUGUGCUUUGAUCGGAAUCAGCUACGCAUGUUAUAGAAGGAGGUCACGAAACAACGGCCCACCAGCGACAGAAGAAGAAAAGAUAUCCAUGAGUCCCGUUCCAUCUGGAUUCGAGACGUAAAAACUGCGGUGCAGAAGAAAAUCAGUGCACUUAAACUAGGCUUUAAAAACACAACUUUAUUUACAACAGAAUAUAUGCAAGUAAAGUUUCCUGUACAGAACAGAAUCACACCACCUAAGAAAAGACGUUUUCAAGAGGGCUAUAUUUAACUAUCGGGAAUAUACAAGCAGAGAACAAUAACAGUUAAAUAAAAAAAUAUAGAAAAAGUAAAAGUCAGAGUUAAUGAUAGUAAGUCAAAAGUAUAUUGAAUAUCUGUUGUGUGCUUUUUACCCAUUUUUAUUUAUUAAGAAGAAAAAAGUUUGUGCAUUCCACAAUUGUGGGAUUGAAAAGACAUUUACAUCUGUAUUACAUUGAUCAUGAUCAUAUUGUGAACUUGAAGUUCGAUGUGCUUGUUCUUAAACAUCAAUCCUGACUGGACAGAUGUGAAGUAUAAAUCCAUGUUCAUGUAUGUGGUGCCCAGUGUAAUGGACGUUGUGUCACGCGUCACGCAAAUAAAGCAGCUGUUCUGUUGGUUCUACA